ACACCCAGACGACUAAGCUGCAGUGAAAAACAUGUCCCAGUUCAUCGGUGAACAGGGAGUAGAAUAUGGACAGUAUUGAAUAAUGCCAGAUACUAAAGGAAGAAAACGUGCGAGAAACCCUCUUGUUUAUACAGGAGAGUAACAUUUUCUUAGCCCCAUCUUCGUAUGGUGCCGUACACCUGAAAUGAAACUAGAUAUGUCUUUAAUUUGAAGUCAACGAUUAUGUUACAAAAUAGAAAAUCGAGUCGCUUAAAAAUCAAAUGCCAAGGUCACACAGCAGGUGGAGAGUCACUCUCUGAAAGAGAACAAAGUAAUUUUCUGAAGGGAAGCUGCAGAAUAUGGAAAACAUAUAUUGGAGCUACAUGGACGAUGAAUAAGAGAUACUUACAGAAAGCAACAAAAGGAAAACUGCUAAUAAUAAUAUUUAUUGUAACCUUGUGGGGGAAAGUUGUAUCCAGUGCAAACCAUCAUAAAGCUCACCAUGUUAAAACGGGAACUUGUGAGGUGGUGGCACUCCACAGAUGCUGUAAUAAGAACAAGAUAGAAGAACGGUCACAAACAGUCAAGUGCUCCUGCUUCCCUGGGCAGGUGGCAGGCACCACGCGAGCUGCUCCAUCGUGUGUGGAUGCUUCAAUAGUGGAACAGAAAUGGUGGUGCCAUAUGCAGCCAUGUCUAGAGGGAGAAGAAUGUAAAGUUCUCCCUGAUCGGAAAGGAUGGAGCUGUUCCUCUGGGAAUAAAGUCAAAACAACUAGGGUAACCCAUUAACCGAGGAGAAAUCAAGUGAUCCUCAAGGCUGAUGACAUUGAACAUGCGCAUAGAAACUUCACUCCUGAGGUGAUCUUGAAGAUUUUUAUACCACUUGAAAGAGGCACUCAAGAGUCUAUUUCCAAGGGAUUUCAUGGCCUCUUCUUGAAAUCAAGACUUUUUAAAAGUCAGACAUGAACUUCUAUGUAUGAAGAUUUCAGCAGAUUUGAACUGUGUUCAACUUGUAAAUUGUUAAAAGAAUUUGAAGUCACUGUCUGCGGAGCUGGUGAAGAGUUGUUUUUUUCAGGGUGAUGUUAGAGACAGUCACCUUUUGAGUUACUGGCUCCAGGUGUGACUACUUUUCUUGUUUCUGCAAGCUGUAUCCCAAGUGCACUGUCCUUCUGUCCUGGAUGUGUUCCUGGGUCCUAUGUUCAUUUGCUAGUGGGACUACACAUGGCUUUAAUGACAUUUCCUUUGAGAACUUUUCCUCUGGCAUGGUGUAGACUGAGACAAUUUUAUUUAUAUCCUAAUCUUGGAGCUCGGAAAGCCUACAUGUUUUAACAUCUUAAAGUUGCUUUUGUUAAAGGAAUGGAAAUAUAUAUCCAUUGGUAAUAAUGUUGGCAAGUAAUAGUUAUCUGAAUAAAUCAAUCAUAUAAGAAUGUAUAGACAAGCUGACAUAUUUCCCUAAGGCUAACAACACCCUGCUGAAGCUCUUUGUCAAAUAGGUAGUAGUUAGAACUGGAUUACCAUUUUCAUUAUAUAAUACUUUGUACCUCUAGAGCACUCUCCCUUUCUGUUUUUUUUUUUUAAGUGAGCUUUUUUAAAAAUUUUUUAUGUUUACUUAUUCCCUUCACAGAAAUCAGCAGUGAGCAGUCAAGUUAAUGGGUAGCCUUCAGUUUCAAAAAAAUUGACGGGGAUGCAUGUGAGUUUCUGAUUUCUUAGCUUGAACAUUAUUCACUUAGAUUUCUUCUAGUAUUUUUUAAAAAACUGUCCUUUCUCAUUUUAAAAGUUUCUUUUGCUUGAUCCCAAUGACUGAAUGCUUAUAUAUUUGUUCAAUCUGUUGAUAGAAAAAAUUGUUCAUUUUCCUCAGUCUCAAAUUUAUAAAUAUUUGCUUACAGUUUUCCUAUUCAAACAAUUUGUUAGGCCAAUAUUUUGUGACAUUUUUGUAGCGAUUUUAACGUUUGUGGUUUUGGUUCUACAGGAAAGUCAUAAAUAUUUAAAGGCCUUAAACAUGUAUGUACUUUUUUUUCCUAAGUUAUAGAAUGUAUAAUUUUAUACUACAUUUAUUUUGUUUCAUUUGUGAUAUGAAGGGAGAGAAGAAAGAAAAUUGGGUAGCCAUUCUGUAACAAUAUUGUGUAAACCUAUAGUUUGAAGGAAUGCAAGGAGAGGGAUUUCUGUGUUUUACUCAUUUUAGACUGUUCAGAAGAUGCUUCAUAAAUUGUCCUGUUAGAAUUUCCAUCAUAGAAGGUGGUAUGGAAGAAGGUAUGGAAAUAUCUUGUAUUCUAAAAACUCACUGAUGUGGUCAGUUAGACAUACGUUGGUUUCCAGGAUGGAGGCCUAUAUAUUCUGGGGAGCUUUGGUCUAUUAGUUUGUGACAAUAUUCAAAGGCCAAAACACUACUCAGACACUUUCCUGGGAAGAGCAACUAAAAAUGUAAAAUUGGUUAAAAAUAAAAUCUGAAAAGUAUGUAUCUGACAUUGAACUAAAAUCCACUGUCUCAUAAGUUCAUGGAAUGAAAUGACUUUCUGCCUCCAUUUUAAUCAUGCAUAAAAUGAAUUAGAUGGCUUUGAGUGGAUUUUCACAAUGGCUCAAGACUAUAUGAAAUUAUUAAAAAAAAGUCGCCCUGGGGUUUCUGCAUCAAUUAGAAUAUCGUUAAUUUCUUUGUAACCAAGUGAAAAACUAUACUUUUUGGAAAUUAUGAAUUUGUCCUAGGUUUGUUUGAGAUUCGAAAUUAUAGAUCAUGCUUAUCAUUUUUUAAACUCUGUUCUUUAAAUCAACACUGGAAACUCUGUAUUAUAUACAAGUGUAAUACAUGCAUAUAAUAGAAAAAAAAAUGGAAUUUCAAAUAUACUAACUAGAUUAUCCCCAGUAGAUUAAUGUUGUGACUAUUCAGAAAAGGUGAAUAAAAUUGGGAUAUAAAAUGAACUCUUUUUCAUAAAUUACA